AUGGCAAUCAAAGAAAUCCUCAACUUGGCCCGAAUGCCCUCCAUCCUCAUGCUGGGGGUGGUCUAUGUGGCCUACGUGCUGAUCGGCGGGGUGAUCUUCUGGAAGGUGGAAGGAGACCACGGGAAGACAGACAUCAAUCGUUUACUGGGGAACAAAAGACAACUGCUCAUGAAAUACUCCUGUCUGAACCAAGAGGGCCUCGAGGCAGUGGCUCAGGUGGUUCAAGAUACAUCUAAAGCCGGCUUAAGUCUGAAAGGCAACUAUACCACAGAUGGCUUUUGGAAGUUCACCAGCUCAGCUGUGUUUGCUGCAACUGUGGUCACAACUAUAGGCUAUGGGAACAUGAGCCCGAGCACCACGGCUGGCCAGAUCUUCUGCGUGUUCUUCGCUCUGUUUGGCAUCCCACUGAACAUGGUGGUGCUCAACAGGGUGGGCAAGUACAUGCUGGCUAUAGAGAGGAACAUCUGUGACUUUCUCCAAAAGAAGACAAGGCAAAGGCGGUGCGCCCGGUUCUUUGUCCAUCUGGUGUCUUACCUGUGUGGAGCUGUCCUCUUCUUUAUCGUGCCCAUGAUUGUGUUCAAAGAGCACGAGGGCUGGACUUAUGCCCAGGCCAUCUACUACUGCUUCAUCACCCUAAGCACCAUUGGCUUUGGAGACUAUGUGGCAGAUAAUAAUCCUGACAAAGAAUACCCAGAUUGGUACAGCGUCCUCAUGGCUUCAUGGAUCUUCUUUGGCCUGGCCUGGUUGGCUCUGGUCAUCAACCACUCCAUCGACAUACUGGAGCGGCUCAAUGCUCAUACCAAACAGUGGUGGAGGGGCCACAAGCAGGAGGAAGAGUCUGGCAGCGUGAAGGACGACAACCCCGAGACACAGGUGGAAGACGAGGAUGACACCAAGGAGCCCCCAGCAGAAUAUACUACCAGAUAA